AUGAAGAAUAUGAUGGAAGCGGUUCUUCUUUAUUUCAGUUUAGUCCAUAUUGGGUGUGAAAUUUCGUCACUGGUAGAACAAGUGAUUCCGAUACUGUUAGAACAAACAAAGCAAACAUCCCGACGAUUCUUCGAGAAGAGGAGAGCCAAACUUUGCCAGAGAUAUGAAGGUGAAGACAGGAUCAGUGCUUUGCCUGACCAUCUGCUCGUGCGGAUAUUGUCGCUUGUUGUCCCAACAAAAGAAGUUGAGGCUACCAAGAUUUUGUCGAAACGCUGGCGUUUUGUUUGGACGAUGGUUCCAAGACUCAGGUACAUAGAGAACAAUGAUGGUACUCGUAGAAUAGUUGUUGCCGGUUUGCUUGGCCGUUUACUAAACCCUUUACUUGGAAAAUCCGAUCCGAAACUGCAUUGUGUUUGGUGGUACCUUGACAAGUCGUUACAACUCAACAAGGCACCUAAAUUAGAAAGAUUAGUUAUACAACUCGGUCAACAUUGUCCUGUCGAUGUUGAUGUGGAAAAGUGGAUUGUAAAUGCCGUUGAUCGCAAGGUUAGUGAGCUAGGGUUUAUGCUAUCUUGGUCUGCCAAGCCUACAAAGUUGCCUAAUAGUGUUUACACAUGCGACACACUCGUCUCUUUGGGUCUUUCAGACAAGAUUCUCGUGGAUGUUCCUUCUUCUGCUUGCUUCCCAUCCCUCAAAUCUCUUGGCCUUUACUUUGUCUUGUAUAAAGAUAAAGAUUCUCUCGUUAGGUUUUUAUCUAGUUGUCCUGUACUAAAGCAUUUGAUCGUGUACCGGAAUCACCAAGACACAGCGAUAGAUUUCAAGAUAAACGUCCCAUCUUUGGAAUGUUUGUCGUAUGAUGAUACGGCAACGAAUAAAGAUAAUGGGAAGAGUUUGGUUAUAGAUACUCUGGCUUUAAAGAAACUCUUUCUCACAUACAAUUCAGACGGUUCUUGCUUGAUUAUGAAUAGGCCUCGUUUUGAUAAAGCAAGAAUCUAUGUUGAUUGUUACCUUGAUGACAUGUUUUUGAGAUCUCUUUCUUCACUCACUUACCUCGAAUUAUUUUUGAGCUUUACAACGGUUGCAUGUUGUAACGCUAUUAAUUUCUCCAAGCUUAUGGAGUGUAAGAUAAUUCUUUUAAAUGGUUUAGACUGGUUGGAUCCACUAACGAGCUUGCUUCAAAAUUCUCCUAAUCUAAAAGUUGUUUUCAUCGACCAGUCAUUCAUUCGAUUUGAGGAGGAUUUCGCGGUUUCAUGGAACCAACCGAGUUCUGUUCCGGGAUGUUUGUCAGCCCAUCUCGAGAUCUUUGAGUGGAAAGGGUAUAGAGGAAGAAGCAAAGAAAAAGAAAUCGUAAGAUACAUUCUUGCAAACUCCGAGUGUUUAAAGAGAGCUGGAAUCUCUAUCACUUGCAAGCGUAUAAAUAGAAAGAAGAUGAUGAGAGAGUUAGAAUCUAUGCAUAGGGUUUCAACAUCAUCACAGAUUCUCUUCUCCACUCAGUUGGAAUAUCUUGACAUGGAAAAGGAAAUGACUGACUAA